GAGGAGUCCCCUGCUCCUCCGACCGAAAGUCAAACCUCGAGAUUCUAGCCGGAGGAGAAGGGACGGAGCCUUUGGAUUCUGAUUCGGUGUAUCAAGAGGAAUUCAGCUGGUCCUCUGUUCUUCUUCCAUUUCUAUUUCCAGCUUUGGGUGGUUUAUUGUUUGGCUAUGAUAUCGGUGCAACUUCUGGUGCUACUAUCUCCCUGCAGUCAGCGGAGCUUAGUGGAACUACAUGGUUCAAUUUUUCUUCUGUUCAGCUCGGUCUUGUGUUGUUGUUACCCCUUUAGGUAUGGUCAUGAUCAGUAGUCCAACAUUAUGUUUUAAAAAUUCAAUUAGUUAACCCUUGAGAUUUGAUUAUUCUCGCAACUCCCUCUUUUGUACGUAGUAUAUAUUUAUUGCAUUUGACUCCAUUCAACUGUUGAAUGACAGUUUUCUAGCACAUCAACUUAUAGAAAGUUAGAAUACUUGUUUUUCAUCAUUACAAGUUAUGAUUGUGGCACAUUAUUUCUUCAUCUAUGUUUGUUCGCUAGAGAAGUGUAAUUGGGAGUGGCAGUGGGUCAGGAAAUACAAACAUUUAUCCCAUAUAAUAAUAACAGAGAAGUGUUUUGGAUUCUAAGAGAUUAUUUGAUAAUGGGGUAAAUAUUGACAAUCAAUCAUCAUUUACCCCAGUGCCGCAAAGGCUCCCACCUACAAUGGGGUAAAUAUUGACGAAAGAGGAAUUUGUGAUAAUUUAAAUUCAAGGGGUAAUUGAUUGACUUUUAAAAAUAUAAAGUCGGACUAUUACUUAUGACCUAACCCUUGGAGGCAACAAUAAUUUUCCCUUUUUAUUUUUACUUCACUCUUGAUUUAGGUAAGUGGGUCCCUUUACGGAGCAUUGCUUGGCUCCAUCAUUGUUUACCCACUAUCGGAUUUCCUUGGCAGGAGAAGGGAACUUAUAAUAGCAGCCGUUCUAUAUGCACUUGGUGGUUCAUUAACUUCAUACGCUUCAGGCCUAACUGUUUUAUUAGUAGGGAGGCUUAUUUAUGGGCUUGGUAUUGGUUUGGUAAACUUUCCCUAUGAUCCUUGUUCGCUACACCCCACAUGCUAUGCAUGGUGCACCUCUAUAUAUUGCAGAAACAUGUCCCACUCAAAUUCGGGGAACCCUGAUUUCUUUAAAGGAGCUAGCUAUAGUUUUUGGCAUUUUGCUGGGUUAUUUUGUGGGUAGCUAUGAAAUUAAUGCCAUUGGAGGGUGGCGUGUCAUGUUUGGGUUUAGUGCACCAAUUGCUUUGCUCAUGGGGUUAGGGAUGUUGAGUUUACCGCCUUCUCCAAGAUGGUUACUUCUGAGGGCGAUUCAAGGAAAAGGACGUCUAGAAGAAUACAAAGAAAAGGCUAUGAAGGCUUUGAGCAAGCUUAGAGGCCGACCUGCUGGAGAUAAGGUGUCUGAGAAACAAAUAGAAGAUACUCUAGUCUCAUUGAAAGCUGCUUAUAAUAAUGAGGAGGAAACCAGUGGGAGUUUCUUAGAAUUAUUUCAAGGUCCAAGCUUGAAAGCAUUUAUAAUUGGGGGUGGAUUAGUCUUCUUUCAGCAGAUAACUGGGCAGCCAAGUGUUUUAUACUAUGCUGGUCCCAUUCUUCAGACUGCUGGGUUUUCUGCUGCUUCUGAUGCCACACGGGUGUCAGUGAUCAUCGGCAUUUUCAAGGCAAUAAUGACGGGGAUAGCUGUCCUAAAGGUAGAUGAUCUUGGGAGAAGACCUCUCCUAAUCGGUGGAGUCAGUGGCAUUGCCCUAUCACUUUUUCUUCUUUCGGCUUAUUACAAGUUUCUUGGCGGGUUUCCUUUAGUUGCGGUGGCUGCUUUGCUUCUGUAUGUGGGAUGCUAUCAGAUAUCAUUUGGACCUAUCAGUUGGCUAAUGGUGUCAGAAAUAUUCCCACUGCGCACAAGAGGAAAGGGAAUCAGUCUUGCAGUCCUUACUAACUUUGCGUCUAAUGCUUUAGUCACGUUCGCUUUCUCACCUUUAACGGAACUAUUGGGUGCGGAUAACCUGUUCCUUUUGUUUGGAUUGGUUGCCCUGCUGUCUCUGGUGUUUGUGGUUACCUCUGUCCCGGAGACCAAAGGCUUGAGCUUGGAAGAAAUUGAAUCAAGGAUCUUGAAGUGACUGUGUUUUGUGUACAAAUUCCACUGGUUUAAU